AUGUUAAACGCGGGCCCAUCGACCAGCGGCACUGCGCCCCAGCCGCAGCUGCAGCGCAGCUACAUCUGGAGCGGCGUCAUCGAGUGGAUGGAGAAGGGCAAGUCUCCCGGUGACCAGCAGAAGACCACCAAGCUGCUGCCUUGUCAGGUGUCAGCGAGUUCCAAGGACAUAGAACCAGAGCUGAAGGUGGACACGUGGCCGAACAAACUGCUGAUGCAGCUGAUGCCCAAGCAGCUGAUCAGCAACAUCGGCGGACAGUACCUGAAGGACAGCAAGUCGGUGCUGUUCCACCUGCAGCCGAGUGAAGCGCUCGAGCAGCUCACCAAGGUCAUGGUCAACGGGUUUGCUGGCUGUGUUCACUUCCAACCGAUGUCGUCGCCUCCGCAGUGCGAGAUUAAAGUGUUGAUAUUACUGUACACGCCCGACAAGAAGGUGUACCUCGGCUUCAUACCGAACAACCAGGCCACGUUCGUCGACAGACUUAGAAAGGUGAUCCAGCAGCAGAAGAUAACUCAGAUCAUCAACAAGCAGCUGCCGGCGAACGUGAGCGCGGCGGGAGGGAUGCCCGGCGCCAUGCCCAACGCCACCAUGGCCGCGACAGGAGCCAUGUCUACAGCUGGAAUGUCAUCCAGCGGCAUGGGCGGCGCCGCGGGCAUGUGUAGUAACAUGCAAGGCGUCGGACAAGUGGGGGGCGUGGGACAAGUAGGGGGCGUCGGCCAGGUCGGCGGCGUGGGACAAGUAGGAGGUGUGGGACAAGUAGGGGGCGUGGGACAAGUGGCGGGCGUCGGCCAAGUCGGCGGGGUGGGGCAAGUGGGACAGAUGCCCGGCCAAGGCCCCAGCCAACCCAUGGUUCAACAGCAGAUGCAGCAACAUUCACAGGGCAUGAUGAUAAGCGGCGGCAUGGGCGGUCAGGUAUCACAAGUCGGCCAAGUGGGUCAGGUGGGUCAGGUGGGCGGCAAGGGCCCCGCCCGUCACCAGCUGGACGGGCUCGAGGCGGCGCGGCAGCAGAACCUGGAGAAGAUCCAGCAGCUGCAGGAAACGCUGCAGGCCGCGCACCAGCAGGAGGCGCAGUUCAAGUCGCAGAUGGACAUCAGGACACACCUGCACGCCGCGCAGCAGCAGGAGCAGCAUUACAAGCAGCUGGAGGAGCAGCAACGCAAGCAUCAACUGCAGCAACAGUUACAGCAGCAGCUCCGCGGCGCAGGCGCACUGCAGCCGCGCAUCCUGCGGCCCAUGCACCCCGCCUCCAACCCCGGCCUGCGACACCUGUUGCAGCAGGUAUGCACACAUCACCACACAAUACACAUCACCUGUUUAUAGGAUCUUAUGGCAAAAUGAUCCAACCCAAACAAUGACAUUUUCGAGAUAAAUACAAUUUAUUUUUUAUUAAUCUGGGACCUGGUACCCUACGCCACACGUUAUUUUAACAAUUCAUAACAAGCAAGUAACGCACUCAAUUUCAAUUAGCAUAUAGAAUACCAUUCCACAAUAAUUUCACGAAGAUGCCGCAACACGUGUUACGAGUUUAAACUGUCAUAAAGAAUAUGGCCACUGGAAAAGUUUCGUCCAAAUGUGACUAAAACUUUACGAACGCGAAGCGUGCAGUUGCUGCAACAGUUCGCCGCGCAUUUCACAUAAUGCGAUGGCUCCUGAGUAAACUAACGUAUCUGAAAAAAUAGCGAUAUUCCCUUUUCGUUAUGUAGGUACAGUUUACUAACAAACUCUACAAAAAAAUAGUAAAUGAUUCUUAAUGAAGUGUAUUUUCGUUUAUUAACUUUUUUAUUUAAAUGGGUUUGGUAGUAACAAUACCUAGAUAACGAAUCGCUAAAAUGUGUAUAUCGCAAUUUUUCCAGAUACGAUAGUUUACUUAGGAGCCAUUGAAUGAUGCAUGCGCGACACAUUCGUCAGAGUUGUACACUGUAGUGCGGCAAGGGAAUGUAGUAUUUUUAUUUUAAUAUCCAAAUUGAUAAGCACCUUCGUUCUUUUUGAUAGAAAUAAAAACCGUGAUUUAAAUAC